AUGUUUGAUACGCAGGUGCAGUUCUGCUCAAAAGAUGGAGCACUUGGGCCUGGGUUCAGCCGAAAUGAGCCCUUGAGGCCCCCAGGGCCGGGCCUGGGGGAUGGGGGCAGAGCCCUGGCCGGACGAUGGGAGCGAUUUAGAGCCGGACCAGGUGAGAGGAUCGCCGCCACUUGGGGGAGAACCCGGUCGCCGGGGCCAUUUCCUGCUCUUUGUGUGACACAUACAGAGGCAGUGGCGGCUGAGGCAGGAGGAGGAGAAGGGGGAGGCGAAGGGGGGCGGGGGCGAAGGCGGGGCCCCGAGCAGCCGGCGGAGCGGAGCCGGAGCCAGAGCAUCCUGAGCCCCGGCCCCAGCCCCGGCCUGGCUCCGGCCCGGGCCCCCGCCGCAACCGUGGGCCCCUCCCCUGGACCUGCCGCAGACCCAGUGGCUACCUGGGCAGCUCCAGACACCAGCAUCCCCAGGGCACAGCGCCCGCGGGGGCGCACGGAGGUGUGCGGGACUGGAUGUCAGGGCCCUGCGGGUUCUGGCCCCGCGAUUCUCCCUCUCUCUCCCCCAGAUGUCCGUCCGGGCCGGCUCCAGCCCCUCCCUCCCCUUCAGCCCUGUGGCCACAUCUGGGCCUCAGGCGAGCCCCGAAGGGCCAGGGCGCACGCGGCCCCUCGGCUGAGAGGUGGCGGGGGGACGGAGGGGGGAGUCCGGGGCCCUGCCAGCCACCUCUGGCUCCUGGAGGAGCCGGGGCAGGGGCACGGCGGGGUCUGGUUGCAGCAGGUGCGGGCCGUAUGGCCGGGGGAACGGAGGGGAGAGAGAGGAAGCGGCGCUCCCACAAUGCCUAGAGACACCUGCAACGGCGGCACGGCAGCAUCCCCGUGUCUUGUUUACUGCAGAGCCGGAGCCGCCGCCUCUGCUGCCAUCGCAGCCGCCGCCACCGCUGCUGCUCCUGCCCAGGGCCGCCCCCCACCCAGCACCCGCCCAUCCCCCUCACCCUUGUUCCCCCUCCCUCUGCCCGUGCCAUUCGUGGCCCUUAGAUUUAUGAUGAAUUACCGGAUUUGA